AUGGCUGCCACUUCAGUUUUCUUCAUUCUUCUCUUCUUCUCCUUCUCAGAAGCAACAACUCAUAGCACCAAUGGCUUCACCGCCUCUCUAUUUCACCGCGAUUCCUCUCUCUCCCCUUAUGAUCGCCUCAACAACGCCGUCCGCCGCUCCUUCUCCCGCUCCGCCACUCUCUUCCGCCGCGCCGCCGCCGGAGUCUCCACCACCGCCGCCAAGUUUCCGAUCAUCCCCGCCAAUGGGGAGUUUCUGAUGGAAGUCUCCCUCGGAACCCCGCCGGUAAAGUUCGUCGGAAUCGCCGAUACUGGAAGCGACCUGACGUGGACGCAGUGCCUGCCAUGUAACCAAUGCUUCAACCAAUCAGGCCCCAUUUUUAAUCCACGUGGAUCCUCCACCUACCGCCAAGUGUCGUGCAGGUCCGGUACUUGCCACUCCCUCCAGGCCUCCGGGUGUGGGCCCGACGGCCGAACCUGCGGCUACGGUUACACGUACGGAGACCAGUCCUACACGUACGGAGAGCUAGGGCGUGACAAAAUUACCAUCGGGUCCUUCCGCCUCCGCAACACGGUAAUCGGAUGCGGCCAUGAGAACGGGGGCACUUUCGGCAGCGGAGCUUCGUCGGGGAUCAUCGGACUCGGCGGCGGCAGCCUCUCGUUGGCCUCUCAGUUGAACAAAAUCGGCGCCGUCCGCCGGAGAUUCUCCUAUUGCUUGCCCAAUAUCUUCAGAAACGCGAAUCUCACCGGCACAAUAAACUUCGGAGGACACGCCGUCGUUUCGGGCCGUGGAGCAGUUUCAACGCCGCUCGUCCCGAAAAAUCCGGACACAUACUAUUACCUGACUCUCGAAGCGGUCUCCGUGGGAAACACGCGUCACGCGGCCGACAUGUCGUCUGCCGUGGAGGGAGGAAUGGGGAACAUAAUCAUCGACUCCGGGACGACACUGACGUUCCUUCCUCAGAACUUAUACGACGGCGUCGUUUCGACUUUGACCAAAGUCAUCCGAGCAAAGCGUGCGGAGGAUCCGGCUGGGAUUCUGGAACUGUGCUACGCCACAAACGAGAUCCGCGAUGGGCAUAUUCCGACCAUCACCGCCCAUUUCGGCGGCUCUGCGGCCGUGAAGUUGCUGCCGUUGAACACGUUUGGGGAGGUCGCCGAAAAUGUGAGUUGCUUGACAUUUGCGCCGUCGUCGGAGUUGGCCAUUUUUGGGAAUUUGGCUCAGAUGAACUUUUUGGUCGGAUAUGAUCUCCAUGCGAGGAGGCUAUCGUUUAAGCCCACCGUUUGUGCAUAG